GAAGCUGAGGAGGAGGAGGAGGAGGAGGAGGACGCCAUUGCAGCCGCAGCUGGUCUUUAGUGAUUCGGCUUGAGGAGGGACAGACAAUGACUAGUUUUUGGAGAUUUUUCCAGCUCGACUCAUUCCUCAGGGACUGUAUCGUGGAAGCAGACAAGUGAGAUGGACGCUUUUGUCUCAGGAGACGGGGACAUGUGGAGCCGCAGCGCCGAGCCAAAGCAGUCUCCAACCAUUUCUUCACCUGUCCGGUGGUCCGGUCUCUCACCAUGAACAGCAGCAGGAACUGCACCGUGGUGGGGAAUGGCGAGGGUCUAUCUGCCCUGGAGACGAUCACCAUCGUGACCAUCACGCUCCUCGCCUGCUUGGGGAACCUGAUGAUCGUGGCCACCCUUUACCGCAGGCCUUACCUGCUCACACCCAGCAACAAGUUUGUGUUCAGCCUGACUCUGUCCAACCUGCUGCUGUCCGUGCUGGUGCUGCCGUUCGUGGCGGUGAGCUCGGCAAAGAGAGAGUGGGUGUUUGGGGUGGUGUGGUGCAACUUCACCGCCUUGCUGUACCUGCUCAUCAGCUCGGCCAGCAUGCUCACCCUCGGAGCUAUUGCUAUUGACAGGUACUACGCCGUGCUCUACCCGAUGAUCUACCCGAUGAAGAUCACAGGGAACCGGGCGGUUGUCGUCAUUGUCUACGUGUGGUUACACUCGCUGGUGGGAUGCCUGCCUCCUCUGUUCGGCUGGUCCUCGUUCGAAUUCGACUGCUUCAAGUGGACGUGUGUCGCGUCUUGGCACAGAGAGCCGAGCUACACGGCCUUCUGGGUCACCUGGUGCAUGCUUCCUCCCUUCUUCGUCAUGCUGGUCUGUUACGGCGUCAUUUUCCGCGUUGCCCGCAUGAAAGCGCGCAAAGUUCACUGUGGGACGGUUAUCGUGGCCCAGGACGACGCCACGGGAGCUCAGAGGAACGGGCGAAAGAACUCGAGCACCUCGACUUCCUCUAAUGGAAGUCGGCGGAGCCUAGUGUACGCAGGGAGUCAGUGCAAGGCCUUCGUCACCAUAUUGGUAGUGAUUGGCACCUUCCUCGUGACCUGGGGGCCGUACGUUGCGGUGGUGUGCACCGAGGCUUUGUGGGGGCUGGGCAGCGUGUCUCAGGGACUGGAGACUCUAGUAGCUUGGCUGUCUUUCUGCAGCGCCGUGUGCCACCCGCUCAUCUACGGCCUGUGGAAUAAAACGGUGAGGAAGGAGCUGCUGGGGAUGUGCUUUGGAGACCGCUACUAUAGAGAGUCAUUUGCCACACGACAGAGGACGUCGCGCCUCUUCAGCAUCUCCAACAGAAUCACAGACUUGGGUAUGUCCCCACACCUGACUGCCAUGCUGGCUGGCGGGGGACAUCUGUUGGCCCCAGGGAGCAGCACAGGAGAUACUGGUUUCAGUUUCACUCAGGACUCAUGUACAGAUGUGAUGCUGCUGGAUAACUUCUCUACAGACGGCUGCUCCCUCCUGCAGCACCACGGGAAUCCGUCCGGGAAGAGGAGGAGCUCGGUGACCUUUGAAGACCAGGUGGAGCAAUCCAAAGCUGAAAACACGUCUUCAGUCCAAGUCCAUGCAGAGGUUCACAAAUCCCUCGACACGUUCGCCUCCUGCUUGGCGAAGGCCAUAGAGAACGACGCCAAGCUCACCCUGUUCGGGGAGGGUUUGGCUCUGCCGGGGGGGCUCUUCACCACGAGGCCGGCACCGAAACCGAGGUACCUGGACGGUCAGAGGCUGAGGCUGGAGAGCAUCGAUGAAGGGAUUGUCAAAGACGACAGAGAAGAAGAAGGAGAAGAAGAAGAGCAGGAGGUGGAGGAGAAACCGGCCUGAGCGCAGCAGAUCCAGACUGUUCUCCGCUCAUAAAGGUUUCACUCCCUUUACACUGUUAUUAGUGGCCUGUCAGCUCUAUGAAGUCUGGACUCUCCACACACAGAUGCACCAUACUUGAAAUUAUUAUCAAAUAGGAAGAGGCACAUUAUUCACUAUGUUGGACCAAGUUCACACCAUCGGUGUCUUGAUUCAUGUAAUCAUUGGAAGCCUUAACUACUGUAAUCUGAGUGGUUGGAUCGUUGUAUUAAUUUGUUUAGUAUUAUAUAUAUUAUUUUUGUUAUUAUUACUGUAUGGUCUGAGAAUUAACAAUAAGAAGUGCAUUGGCUUUUUUGGAGCAGGGCAGCAAGGAAGAACGUUACAGUAGUUUCCGACCUUUUAAAACGCUUCAUUACAUUAAGAAAAAUAUGUUUCGAGAUUAACUCAACAAAAGCAAUUUGUACUCUAUGUACAAAGACGUCUUCACAUACUAAUAGACUGUUUAUGUUGUUGGCUCCAGUUAUAUACUUUCCAGUCUUAUUUGUACAUGAUGACCUCAAUUAAUUCACCGCAUCUUCAACCGCAUCCACAUGUUUACAAAUCACGUGUCAAGAUGUUAACUUCAAAGUUGUCUGAAGGUUUUGUGAUUCAGGUCGUGGUGACUCUAAAAGCAUAAAGAGGCAACUAAACUUCAUCCAAGUUGCUUCUUCUUCUUGUGGAGUUCAUGUUUUUAUCAGGAACACCUGAAAAUCACACGACUAGGGUCUGGUGCAGCACUAAUUACAGUAACUAGUGUAGAGCAUUAGAGUAGCGCUAGCAGAGGUAACCAGCCAGAGUAGACACUUUAAUGGAGAACAUUCAAAGGCUGCAGAGAACCGUGGUCUUCACAACAUGGAAAUUAGUUUAUUGUGAACUCAGCAGGUGGGUUACACGGACCAGUGUGCGGGUUUCCACUCAGUUCUCUGACACCGACCGUUAAUCACAACCUGACACACCUUUUUAACCGAUGCCUCUCACACUGAGCGUCAUCCUGACGACACUCUGGAUUUUUGAAAUUCUUUCAAAGACUGAAAAAAAAAAGACUUUUACUGAAGAAACGUGACGUUAAAAACAAGCAUCACGGGUGGACUGAAAACAAUAAUUUACUUUUAAGGUGUAGAUAUGACUGAGUCUGUGUGUGUUUACCCUGCAGUGCAUGCUGGGAUAGCCCUGAAUAGGAAUUAAUGGGUACAGAAGAAAUCAGUGUGUAGAUAAAGCUUACAGUAUAUAUUAACGUACGGACCAGAUGAAUGGAAAGUGUUGGCCGAUACUUGUAGUAUUAAUAAGGUACCUGCAGAGUUUGGAGCUGUUUGGUUGGUACUUCCUUUAAUCACAGCUGGAUUGGAAACUAAACUGUCCUUAAAUUUCAUGAUUAUCUGUAAACUGUGGAUUUACACAGUAAUUGCACUUGAACAUAUGUUGUGUGUACGUUCGCUGUACGUCAGAUAAAGGAGAUUGUUGUGGGUCAUCGGUUGUAACACAGCGAAGACCAAACGGCCUCGUGACCAAAUGAAGCCCAGGAUUAGACAUUUACAACUCACAAACGCAUCAGUAAAUAAAUAAAUAAAUGGUCUCGCUCUGUUUGUCAAAUCAUAGUUUUACCUCGGUUUAUAAACUGUAGACCUCCUUGUACAUCGUGAAAGAGGAGAUUUGUUAUAAGCAGAACCCAGUUCUGGUGCUUUGGUCUUACCUCGUUUUUUUUUCUUUCCUUUUUUUCAUAUUAAGUUUGAACAGGUACUACUUUUGUAAGAAUAAUACACCUGUAAAAUGAUGUAACCUUUUGAUUUUUACUCUGAAGUAAGUAUUCAUACAAAUAUGUGCAUCAAAGUUUUGUAUUAAGAUUCUUGUAUUAAAGUCUUUUUCUUUUUUA